UUCACCCCACCGAUCUUAUCUAACAUAAUUCAAACAACAAACCCAAUUCCAAUUUCCAGGGUUGCAAGAUUUCCAGGAUCUGUUGCCCCUACCUCCGUAAACUCCUAGAUUCCUGUCAUUUCCAAUUCGGAGGCGGGACCGAAUGCAAGUUUAUUUGAUUUGAAAGGGAUAAAACACACGAAGCUCUACGAAAUUGAUUGAUGUGAAGAGGGUUCGCUUUUUUUGUUUUUUAUUAUUGGUUUACUAGGGUUAAGUGAUCGUCUCGGGUUUUCAAUUUGAGAUCUGGAUGAUAGAUUCUGAAUUCAGAGGCCGAUAAAGAAAUUGAUUUGCAAAAGAUGGACAUGGAUUAUAAUGGGGAUGCGGGUUUUCUUGACCCUGAAUUGUUACAGCUGAAUGAAGUGUCUCCUUUGGCUCUUAAGUCAAAUCCUUAUGUUGCCGAGAAGCUGUUCGAGCAAUGGCUUUCCCUUCCGGAAACAACUCUUUUGGUGAAAUCAUUGUUCAACAAUGCUAAAGCAGGUGUUCCAUUAAAUGUUAGUGGAUCAGUUUCAAGCCCAAAAGCUUCUUCCAUGAACUCAAUACCUUCCAUGUUUCCUGCUGGAAGUGCACCUCCACUUUCACCAAGAAGUUCAUCUGGUUCUCCUCGGAUCACAAAACAGAGGGCAGGUCCUUCUGUUUUAGGGUCUCCUUUAAAAGUACUGAGUGAGCCAGUUAAAGAGUUGAUUCCUCAGUUUUACUUUCAGAAUGGUCCUCCUCCUCCUAAUGAACUUAAAGAAAGAUGCUUGCUUAAAAGCAACCAGUUUUUCUAUGGUCAUCCAGAUGGAUUACAACUGCAUGAAUUCAAACUGCUUACUAAGGAAAUUUGCAAACUGCCUUCCUUCUUCUCCACUGCCCUUUUUAAAAAGAUUGAUGUUGAUGGCACUGGUGUUGUCACAAGGGAUGCGUUUGUUGAUUAUUGGGUGAAUGGCAACAUGUUGAUAAAAGAUGUUGCAACCCAAAUAUAUACAAUAUUGAAACAGCCUGAUUUGAGAUAUCUCACUCAGGAGGAUUUUAAACCCAUACUUCGGGAACUAUUGGCAACUCAUCCAGGUUUGGAGUUCUUACAGAGUACACCCGAAUUUCAGGAGAGAUAUGCUGAAACGGUUAUAUACAGAAUUUUCUACUACAUGAAUAGAGCAGGUGAUUCACGUCUUACCCUUAGAGAACUCAAACGUGGAAAUUUAGUUGCUGCAAUGCAGCAUGCAGAUGAAGAAGAGGACAUUAACAAAGUUUUAAGAUAUUUCUCUUAUGAGCACUUCUAUGUAAUUUAUUGCAAAUUCUGGGAGCUGGACACGGAUCAUGAUUUCUUGAUAGAUAAAGAGAACCUUAUACGAUAUGGUAAUCAUGCACUCACAUACAGAAUUGUUGACAGAAUAUUUUCACAGGUACCCAGAAAGUUCACCAGUAAUGUUGAAGGAAAAAUGGGAUAUGAAGAUUUUGUUUAUUUCAUUUUAUCCGAAGAAGAUAAAUCAUCAGAGCCAAGUCUGGAAUACUGGUUCAAGUGUGUAGAUUUAGAUGCAAACGGUGUGAUUACAAGGAAUGAAAUGCAAUUCUUCUAUGAAGAACAGUUGCAUCGAAUGGAAUGCAUGGCCCAAGAGCCUGUUCUUUUUGAAGACAUUUUGUGUCAAAUAGUCGACAUGAUUGGACCAAAGGAUGAAGGGUAUUUUACAUUGGGUGAUAUGAAAGGAAGCAAACUUGCAGGAAGUGUUUUCAAUAUCCUUUUUAAUCUGAACAAAUUCAUGGCAUUUGAAACACGUGAUCCGUUUCUGAUACGUCAAGAACCGCAGAUGUCUGGGAUGAAUCUCUUGAAGCCCCUUUCUGAUUUUAAGGUGAAUGAACUUGAAGAAUUCUUUAAUUUAAGCUUUGUGGGUGAUAGAAGGGUGUAAAGUUUUUGGGAUUAGUGGGUGAGGAAGGAGGAUGUAGAUGAUAUGAUGUGGUGUUGUUGCAGUUGAAUGGUGAAUGGAAGAAGAUGAUGAUGAUGUUGUUUUGAGGUUGAGGUGCUUUAAUUGGAAGCAUUUAUUAGUAGUGCCCUUUGAAUAGUUGCUCUGUUUGACUUUGACUUUGACUUCUACAAAUAGAUGUUUUAUGUUUUUUCUUUUUAUACAAUUUGUGCAUCAAACAUUUUCUGGAUGGGGUCUAGUGUUUGUAUUUAAUAUGUUUGAAAUUGAAUGUCUUUGUUGUUAAUGUCAAAAUAAAAAUAUAAAUUCCAUUUCACCUCUUCUUUUUAAACAAAAA